CCGGGGCUUGAUAACUGGUCAUCAUUGAAGGCAGCGGGUCAGGAGGCCCACUCUUCAUCUAGGGGUUACAGGCUGAGCGGCAUCUGAGGGGGACCACACACUUCAGGCUUCAGAUCUCUCGUGGAACACAGGGGACAGACCCUGAAAACCCCAGGCAUCUCCUUCCGUCCCAAGAUGGAUAACAAGAAGCGCCUGGCCUACGCCAUCAUCCGGUUCCUGCACGACCAGCUGCGGCACGGUGGGCUCUCUUCUGAUGCGCAGGAGAGCUUAGAAGUUGCCAUCCAGUGCCUGGAAACCGCGUUUGGGGUGACGGUGGAGGACAGCAGCCUGGCGCUUCCCCAGACUCUGCCAGAAAUAUUUGAAGCAGCUGCUGCAGGCAAGGAGAUGCCACAGGACCUGAGGAGCCCUGAGCGGACCCCGCCUUCCGAGGAGGACUCAGCAGAGGCAGAGCGCCUCAAAACCGAAGGAAACGAGCAGAUGAAGGUGGAGAACUUCGAAGCCGCCGUGCGUCUCUAUGGAAAGGCCAUUGAGCUCAACCCCGCCAACGCUGUCUACUUCUGCAACAGAGCCGCAGCCUACAGCAAACUGGGGAACUACGCGGGGGCCGUGCAGGACUGCGAGAGGGCCAUCUGCAUAGACCCAGCCUACAGCAAAGCCUAUGGCCGCAUGGGCCUGGCGCUUUCCAGCUUGAGCAAGCACGCGGAGGCUGUGGCCUACUACAAGAAGGCCCUGGAGCUGGACCCGGACAACGACACCUACAAGUCCAACCUCAAGAUAGCAGAGCUGAAGCUGCGGGAGGCACCAAGUCCUACAGGAGGUGUGGGCAGUUUCGACUUUGCUGGCCUGCUGAACAACCCCAGCUUCAUGAGCAUGGCGUCGAACCUCAUAAACAACCCUCAAGUUCAGCAGCUCAUGUCCGGGAUGAUCUCGGGUGGCCACAACCCCUUGGGCACUCCCGGCACCAGCCCCUCGCAGAACGACCUGGCCAGCCUCAUCCAGGCGGGCCAGCAGUUUGCACAGCAGAUGCAGCAGCAGAACCCAGAGCUGAUCGAGCAGCUCAGGAGCCAGAUGCGCAGCCGGACCCCCAGUGCCAGCAACGACGACCAGCAGGAGUGACCGGCCAGCUGUCCCAGCGCUGUCCUGUUCUGCCGGCCAGCUGCAGCCUCCGCGUGGUUGGCCACUUUCUUCUGUGGGCUGCCCAAGAGAG